AUGGUUAAAAAGCAUCCAAAAUUUCACAAUCCAAUCGAAAAACAAUUUAAUGAGAUCACACGCUACCAUUACUUCUUAUUUCUUCUAUUAUUUUCAAGUAAGAUACCAAUCUUCUGGCAUGUAUUGAACCUUAUUUUCUUAUCCCCACCAAUUGAUUUCACAUGCAAUGGGAAUGUGAGCAAGAAUUUAUGCCCGUGCCGAGAGCCUUUGUGGGACAGGAGCGUAUUUCAAGAGACGAUGCAAACGAAAUUUGGAAUUCACUGUGAAAAUUCUUGGUGGAUAAGUUUCUCGCAUAGUAUGAAUUUUGUUGGUCUUCUAAUUGGAGCAUUGGUUUUUGGAUUUUUGUCUGACAGAUUCGGACGACUUUCAAUGUUCAAUAUCUCCUGUUUAAUAUUAGCAGUAUCGGGGUGUCUUCUAAGCUUUAUGCCAACGAUCGAAGUUUUCUCAUUCAUGCGUAGCUUGGAAGGGAUUGGUUGUGGUGGAGCAAUCAUAACCGCAUUUGUCCUAUGCAUAGAAUACUGCAACCUAACACAUAGAGAAGUCAUUACCGCAUUAUUUCACAUCCCGUCAAACAUCAGCCACAUAACGUUAUCUGGAAUUUCUUAUAUCUUCCGUGAUUUUGACGAUUUUCAACUGGCCAUAUCCAUACCCGUCUUCUUUUUCUUGUGUUCUUGGUGGUUGAUAAUGGAAUCACCGAAAUGGUUGAUGGACAACUAUAAGGUGGAUCGAGCGGUGGCUGUUAUGGAAAAAAUCGGGAAAAUAAAUGGAAGACCCUGUGAGAAUGUACGAGAAGAGAUGGAGCAAUAUUUAUCGCAUCACAGUGAUGCAGCUAAAACGCAAAUAAAGUUCUGGCAUAUAUUUAAGCACAAACAGUUAUCUUUAAAUCUUGGCUGUAUGUCUGUCGUAUAUUUUCUCUGCGGUAUGGGGUACUAUGGAGUGUCACAAUACAUUGGUAAAAUGAGUGGUGAUAUUCACAUAAACGUUGCAAUAUCUGGAAUGUUAUUACUACCUGGUACAUUAUCCUCAAUAUUUCUAUUACAUUGGUUAAAUAGACGAACAUUUUUAAUGAUAACAAUAUUCCUCUCAGGAUUUUUUAUGAUUCUAGUUGUAUGUGUUCCGUUAAAGCUACACAUUUUAAGAGUUAUUUUAGCUUGUAUUUGUAACUGUUUCUUCUUUACAUCAUUCAUAAUUGUUUUUCUGUAUGGUGUUGAGCUUUUUCCAACAUCAAUAAGGAACUCUGUGCUUGGUUUUUUAUCUGUUUUGUCAAGAAUUGGACAGAUAUCAGCUCCAUUGAUAAAUUCAUUACCAGAGACAGCAUCAGGACUUGUAUUUGGUGGGCUUGCUUUAAUUGGUACUGUACUGUGUUAUUUUUUACCCGAAACAAAGGAUUCGGAACUACCGUCAUCAUUGGAUGACACAAAGAUUUUAACCAGGCAAAGAAUUAGUUUGGUUGAAGAUGAUUCAUCUACUACAAAUGUACCGUUGGCAAUUAUUGAUUAA